CCCGGGCAGAGAACUGUCAAGAACACAGGCAGCCUGAUAUUUCGUUGUGAUCCUACACCUGCCUUGCUUGUGCAGCAUCGAAAUAGUUCCCGUCCGGCUGGUCCAUGGCCUCUGCUUCCGACACCCGCCGCUCGCCGGCUCCACCGAGCUCGUCUCCCUCAGUUGACUCCGCAAAUGUCGCUUCCCUGCGCGCCCUCCUCACCUCCGCCCACGAGAUCUACGCCGGCCAUCCACACUCGACCACCUCGAAUCAGCUAUGGUCCGUCCUGGGCUCGCUCGAUCGCAUGGCCGCUCGUCUAGUGGAGACUGGCUUAGUCCAGUCCGUCUCGAGAGACAAUAGGCAAGGACAUCAUCACUAUACUCCAGCCGCUGCCGUCACUACUUCCGCUGUCCUCGAGGCAUGGCUCUUGGGCGGCUGUAUUGCCUACUCUCUCGGUGACAUGAAUCGAGCUAUCGAAUGGAACGUCCGUAUCCUGCAGGUCGAUCCCAACUAUGUCGAGGCAAUGUCGAACCUCGCCGCCGCCUUUCGUGCACAGGGCCGUGACGCAGACGCAGAAGGCUGGUGGACUCGUGCCGUCCAUCUCCGCCCCGCAUACUGGGACGCAGCCGACCACCUCUUCUCUCUUCUUUGCGCCCAGCAACGCUACGCCGAUGCCGCAAAAGUCCUGAAUUACGUCGAGCGGCACGCGACAUCGUCCACUUCUCCGGGCGUCGAUCUUGCGCGCUACCUCGCCAUCAUCCACGCCAAGGGCACGCUCUUCUACGCUCUCGAAGAUCACCUUGCUGCCGCUCAGGCGUUUUCCAGAGUAUUGGCCCACGCUGCUUCGGGAAAGAGUCCGACGGAUGACGGAGCAGACACGAAUCCGCUCGCGCUGCAGCAGCUCGUCGAUCGCAUCCGUACCGCUCUGCAAGCCCGCUACGGCUCACGCCUGCUGCUCACACCCAUCGAGGCGCGCGCGUGUCUGCAUGACGUCUUUGGCGGAGAACUACCUGGACUGCGUACUGUUGAGAACUCGCAGCAGCGCAACGCGAUUGCUCAGACCACCGCAAAUACACUGCUCACUCUUGCAAAGAUCCUGCAGGAUGCUAUUGCGGCCGGAAAUGGUGGCAGCGGUAACGGAGGAAACAAGUUCUUGAAGCAGCAGCCACACGAACAUCAACACGCGGAUGCGGCAGAGAACGUCAUUGGGAUAAAUAACAACGCUGUGAGCACGUCAAAAACAGCUAAUCUGGCCACUCUGGUUCAGAUCAUGGGAAGAGUUCCGUCGACGCACGAUGUCUUGCCGAUGUAUUACCUUUCGCUUGCCCUUCAUGCGUCGCCGAGCACGGCCAAUAAUAUCGGCAUUCUGCUCGCAAGUCUAGCACCCGCGCUACCAAUACCACAUGAGCAUACGCUCGCACUCGAAUACUACCGUUUCGGCCUCUCGCUCGACCCCCGCCAUCCACAUCUAUACACCAACCUAGGCUCGCUCCUCAAAGACCAAGGCCGUCUUGCCGACGCGGUGAACAUGUACGAGUGUGCUGUCUCGUGUGAUCCAAACUUUGACAUCGCGCUCGCGAAUCUCGCAAACGCAGUCAAGGACCAAGGUCGUGUGGGCGACGCUAUCGGAUACUACCGCCGCGCCGUCGCUGCCAAUCCGCGCUUUGAUGAAGCCGUAUGCGGGCUCGCGAACUCGCUCUCCUCGGUGUGUGAUUGGGCAGGUCGGGGAUGUACUGGGUAUGUUGAGACGUGUGGAGUAGAUGAGAAUAGCGACAUCGUCACGAGUAAGUGCGAGGGCUGGAUGAUGCGGAUUGUAGAGAUUGUGAGCGGGCAGUUGCGAAGUUCCUUGACCUGGGGAACAGGCGUUAUUGCAAACGAAUUGCCAAACAUCGUGCGUGAGAUCGUUCUUGCGUGCGGGUACUCAUCUGCUGCUGAUCCGAGGAUGAAGCCUUGGCUAGAAGAACUUGCCAGAGCGAGUGAAAGCGGUGUCGACGAAGGCGCAAAGAUCGUUGAGAUUUUUGAGGCUGCUGCGCGAAGAGCUCGUUGGCGCGCAUACUCUGAUCGCUACGUUCACCAUCUCGAGCCAUCGAGCAUGAAGCCCUUUCAUCGCCCGCGACUGCCAUUGUCGCUCGCGCUGCCGCCUGCUCCGACGGUUUUGCCGUUUCACACGUUUACUAUUCCGUUUGACGCAGUCCAAGGGCGAGAGGUAUGUCGGCGGACUGCGCUGCGCGUGUCGGUCUCUACUAAUCGAUACUCGUGGCUCCCCGCGGACGUCUACCCGCCUCCGCCACCGCCAACAGAGCAUUUGAGAAUCGGCUACGUAUCCUCAGAUUUCAAUAACCAUCCACUCUCACAUCUCAUGCAGAGCGUCUUCGGUCUCCACCGAAAGAGCGCGGGCAGCGAGUUCCCAGUCUACGGCAUAUGCUACGCCACCACGCCGUCCGACAACUCGCCCUAUCGUCAGAAAAUCGAGCGUGAAGCGCACGAGUUCGUCGAUAUCUCGGGCUGGAGCACGCAGGCGGUUGUCGAACGCAUCGUCGAGGACAACAUACACAUACUCGUCAACCUGAACGGGUUCACCCGUGGCGCUCGAAACGAGAUCUUUGCAUGCAGACCUGCGCCGUUGAGUAUUUCUUUUAUGGGAUUUGCGGGAAGUCUGGGUGCCGAGUGGUCGGAUUACAUACUCGCUGAUCGCGUCGCCGUUCCUCCAGACACUGUGCGCCAGAUGCGUAAAGCGGACGCACAGGAGAACAAGUCGCGAAUCUUAAGACAUCACGACUGCAAGAAUCAGGACAAUUGGGUGUAUUUUGAAGACAUUGUCUUCUGCAAGCACUCCUUCUUCUGCUGCGAUCACCGGCAGUCGGCUCCCGACGCCGUCUCGUCAUCUGCCUCGGCUGACCCCGAAGACCGCUGGAACGCGGAGCUCGUCUCACGGCGCAAGAUGCGUGACGAGUUAUUCCCAAGCCUUGCUCCUGGAACAAUCAUUCUGGCGAAUUUCAACCAGCUCUACAAAAUCGAUCCCGGCGUGUUCCUAACUUGGCUUCGCAUCCUUUCCAGACUGCCAAAUGCUGUUCUUUGGCUCUUGAAGUUCCCUGAUCUCGGUACCGCUCACCUGCGCUCGUUCGCAACCCGCUGGGCGGGUCCCGAGGUUGCCAAUCGGAUCAUCUUCACAGACGUGGCAAGCAAAGACGUGCAUCUUCUCCGGUGCCGGAUUCCUGAUCUCGUUCUCGACACUCCGGAGUGUAACGCGCACACGACCGCGACCGACGUCAUUUGGGCCGGAACUCCAAUCCUCACGUUUCCCCGCCACCGCCACAAGAUGUGUAGCCGCAUCGCCGCGUCGGUGAUCACCUCUGCCGCUGACCGCGCCGAGGACGCUGAUCGACUGAUUGCGCAGUCCGAGGAAGAGUACGAAGUCACCGCGGUCGAGCUGUGUCUCAACGACGGCGAGGAGCUGCUGCAAUUGCGCAAACGGCUUUUCUUGAGCCGCGAGAAAUCGCCGAUCUUUGAUACCCCGCGGUGGACUAGAGAUCUCGAGAAAACGUACUGGAUGAUGUGGAAUCGGUGGGUGGACAAGGGAGGUGCCGUCACCGUCGAGGAAGAUCCGGAUCGCAAUCUGUACAUUUGAUAUACAUAUCCCCUAGCAUCAUCUCCGUCAUCUAUCUAUUUUAUUUUUUAUCUUUAUUUCGGGUUAUAUCGGCAAGGAUCUUGGGUAGGUUGUGCUUAGAACUGAUUUCAUAGUUGCGUUUUGUCUUUCAGCCUUUAUACUAUAUAUAUUCAUAUUCGGGGAAGCCUGUGGGUCAGCAGGAGAUGCAAGCUAUGCUGACGGUGUGAAUAUGUACAUAGCUCGAUUUAUAUCGUGCAGCAGUUGUUUUUGGUAGUUUGGGUAUAGUUACUGCGGUAGCUAGGUGGUUGUCUUAAGGCGUUAUAUACAGUCGAGUACAGGGAGGAAAGAGAAUUAGAAUGCCAAAGUGUAUUGAAUCGAGGAAU